AUGACCGAGCGGAACGUGCUGGCGCUGGGCACGCAGUCUCCCUUUUGCGUGCAUUUGCACUCAACCUUCCAGACACCGGGGCGACUCUUUUUUGUCAUGGAUUUUGUGGCUGGUGGGGAUUUGAUGUACCAUAUCAUGCAGCAGGGCCGCUUCAGCGAGGUUCUCAGCCAGUUUUAUUGCGCCGAAAUCCUUUUGGGUCUCUUCUUCAUGCACGGCCGAGGCAUCAUUUACCGGGAUCUGAAAUUGGACAACGUCAUGGUCGGUGCCGACGGCCACAUUUGCAUUGCGGACAUGGGCAUGGCCAAGGAGGACAUUUCGGCGAGCAACCGGGCAACGACGUUUUGCGGUACACCCGACUACAUUGCGCCCGAAAUCAUCAACGGCCAGUCGUAUGACUUUUCCGUGGAUUAUUGGGCCCUUGGCGUUCUUCUUUAUGAAAUGCUGGUGGGAGAGGCGCCAUUUGGCGGUGAUGACGAUGACGAGCUCUUCCAAGCAAUUUUGGACAACGAUGUUCACUAUCCCCGCCACCUCUCGUCCAGCGCGAGUGAUCUAGUCAAAGCCUUUUUGACCAGUGACCCUGACGCCCGGCUCGGUAGCGGUAGCUCUGGGGCUGAAGACAUUAUGGGACAUGCCUUCUUCAGCAGCAUUGACUGGGAUCAACUCAACGCCAAGAAGGUGUCACCACCCUUUGUACCGCCAUCGGGCUCAAAAAUGACGCUCAACUUCGACUCGCAAUUUACCGGUGAAAAGGCGGCCUUUACACCGGUUGGUAAGGGGGCGCUCAAGCUCAUUCCGCAAGAGGAAUUUGCUGGGUUUGAGUUUGUCAACCCUGCUUUUGCUUCGUAA